GUUAAGAGGAGGCAGAUUUUCACCCUGCACAUACGCUGAUGCUUGUCAGUGUUGUCUGCUCUCCUGUGUUAGAGUUAAUUUUAUCCAGAGGCUGCUGUGUAAGUUGUAGAACUGUUUACCCAGUAUAAGAUCGUAGGUUCAAAUGGGACUGCACUGACUAUGAUAAGAUAUCUAUUUUAGACUUCAGACUGUAUUUACGUUUAGGAAGGCAGUCAUUGGAAGAAUUAAUUUAGCUCUUCUUGCCCUUUGAAACAACUUUCAAUUAUUGGGACAGCACAUCACACUUGUACCAGUUUGGAAGCAAAAUAUGGAAUGUGUUUCACUGCUCGCUGAACACAGCCAAAUGAACAGUAUUGACAGUAGUUUGAAAAUCAGCAGUUAGCAGUUUCUUCACACUACCCAGCACUUUCCAGAGAGAACUCAUUGUUUACAAGAAAUCUGCUUUACAAAUCCGCUAGAGAACCCUCCAGCUUUGUCUAUUUAAAUAUUUUCAAAGGGGAAGCAUUUACCUACAAGCACACUUUGGGGGAAAGAUGGCGCUGGUUGAGUACCUGUGGAUGGUUAUUGUGGGUUUUAUCAUUGCUUUUAUUUUGGCAUUUUCAGUUGGUGCCAAUGAUGUUGCCAAUUCUUUUGGGACUGCUGUGGGCUCCGGUGUGGUUACUUUGCGCCAAGCUUGUAUUUUGGCUUCAAUUUUUGAAACCACUGGUUCAGUAUUACUGGGAGCAAAAGUAGGAGAAACGAUCCGGAAAGGUAUCAUUGAUGUUAACCUGUAUAACAGCACCGUGGAACUGCUGAUGGCAGGAGAAGUCAGUGCAAUGGUUGGUUCUGCUGUUUGGCAGCUGAUUGCAUCUUUCUUAAAACUCCCCAUAUCUGGGACCCAUUGUAUUGUGGGUGCCACAAUUGGAUUCUCACUUGUUGCCAUUGGUACCCAGGGCGUUCAGUGGAUGCAGCUUGUCAAGAUUGUGGCCUCUUGGUUUAUUUCCCCACUGUUGUCUGGCCUGAUGUCUGGAGUGCUCUUUGUGCUGAUCAGAUACUGCAUCUUAAACAAGGAGGACCCUGUGCCCAAUGGUCUUCGGGCACUUCCCGUGUUCUAUGCUGCUACCAUAGCGAUUAACGUGUUUUCCAUCAUGUACACAGGGGCACCAGUGUUAGGACUGGUGCUUCCAAUGUGGGCAAUUGCUCUAAUAUCAAUCGGUGUAUCUCUAGUAUUUGCUUUUCUGGUUUGGAUAUUUGUAUGUCCGUGGAUGAAGAGGAAAAUAGCAAGCCGGUUAAAGAAGGACGCUGCAUUAUCAAGGAUAUCAGAUGAAAGUCUUGAUAAAAUUCAAGAUGAGGAGACACCUGUCUUUAAAGAGCUUCCUGGUGCCAAAGCAACUGAUGAGAGCACAAUUCCCCUCACUGGUUCAAUAACAGAAGCUGCCGGAGUGUCAGAUAGCGUAGCAAAUGGAAGCCAUCCACGUGUGCCAUAUGGUAGGGCUUUUUCUAUGACGCACACUUCCAUGAAAUCUCCUGUCUCCAAUGGCACCUUUAAUUUUGAUGGUCACAUGAGGAGCGAUGGCCAUGUAUACCACACUGUGCACAAAGACUCAGGAUUAUAUAAAGACUUGCUCCACAAAAUACACCUAGACAGAGCCAAUGAUGACAGGCCCACUCAAGACAACAAUUACAAGCUGCUGCGACGCAACAACAGCUACACAUGUUACACGGCUGCCAUCUGUGGAAUGCCAGUACAUUCAGCCUUCAAAGCAACUGACACAUCGACUCCAGAAGACAGUGAAAAGUUAGUAGGAGACACAGUGUCUUACUCUAAAAAGAGAGUUCGCUAUGACAGCUACUCUAGCUACUGCAAUGCUGUAGCUGAAGCAGAGAUUGAGGCAGAAGAAGGUGGAGUGGAGAUGAAGUUGGCAUCAGAGCUGUCAGAUCCUAACCAACCCCCAGAUGAUCCUGUGGAGGAGGAAAAAGAGGAGAAAGACACCUCUGAAGUCCACCUACUUUUUCACUUUCUCCAGAUCCUGACAGCCUGCUUUGGAUCUUUCGCCCAUGGGGGUAAUGAUGUCAGCAAUGCAAUUGGACCUCUGGUAGCUCUCUGGCUUAUCUAUGACCAAGGAGGUGUCUUGCAAGAAGCUGCUACUCCUGUCUGGCUGCUGUUGUAUGGAGGUAUUGGCAUCUGUGUGGGUCUCUGGGUCUGGGGAAGAAGAGUAAUCCAGACGAUGGGUAAAGACCUCACACCAAUCACACCAUCAAGUGGUUUCACUAUUGAGUUGGCUUCGGCGUUCACAGUUGUGGUAGCUUCAAAUGUUGGACUUCCUGUCAGUACUACACACUGCAAGGUUGGAUCAGUGGUGGCCGUUGGCUGGAUCCGUUCAAAGAAGGGGGUUGACUGGCACCUGUUCCGCAACAUAUUUCUGGCUUGGUUCGUGACUGUUCCUGUCGCUGGCUUGUUCAGCGCUGGAAUCAUGGCGAUCUUUAUGUAUGGCAUUCUGCCUUAUGUCUGAAUUGCCACUUCCUCGAGGAACCAGGGAAAAUUGCCCAAGCUCUCGUGGUAGGGGAAGAGCACUCCCUGCUAAACUGUCCCAUGAAAGAACUAGUUGGCAAGAUUUCAUCUUCCAUAUCUAACUUCUUAUCUACUGUAUAUAGCAAUGUGUCAUACUGGUGACAUGGUGAUAUAACGUGGUGCCGUUUCUUAUAUAUUAAAGAAAUAUAUAUGCAUAUAGUAGGUAACAAUACCUAAGUUAUAAGUGGGGUGAAAAAUAAUUGCCUAGAAUUUAAUAUUAGUAAGAUUUGUACAUAAUGUAUCAUUUCAGUGACAAUUUUUUUAAUCUUUUGGAGAAGAGUAUGGAUUAGGAAAUGUUUCUUGUCCAUUUGAUAUAUGAUAAAGCGAGGUACAGGAUUGCGUAACACCAUUUUUUUUUAAAGCUAUUAAGAUACUGGAACAAAAUGAAAUGUGCAUAAGUGCUUUUGGUAAAAUAACUUUGUUCAUAUCAUAUCUUGAUUUUGUGUGUGUGUGUGUGUGUGUGUAUCUUACUGUAAUGGCUUUUUGUAAAUACUUACAAACAGUAACUUUUUAAUGGUGCAUUUCCCUUAUAUAUUUUGGAUAAGAAAGUUUAGAAAGUACCAAAGAAGCAGGGGAAUAGCUUGCCAGUAUUAUGUUGUUGUCUACACGUGUGUGCGUGUGUGUGUUGUGUUUUCCCACUUCUAAUUUAAGGUUGCUUUGACUAAUCUAUCACCAGCAAAGCUGGAAUAGUACUGUUCAUGUCUUACUGUAACUAGCAAAAGAAAAAAAGUAUUAGUUCUACCUGUUCUUGUUAUUCUGUAGGCAUAACAACACUACUGUUCACAUCCGAUUCUAGUUAACUCACUUCACCUUCUGUGUUGAAUUUGAAAUGCUCUAAAUAUUCACCUUCCAUCUUGCCCUGCCCCUAUAAAUCUAUGUGAGCCCAGGCCUGCUCUUGGUAGUUCUGCUAUCAAUUUCAAUGAUAGCAUGACUGGGCCAGAACUAUCUUCUCUUUUUCCUGGAAAGUCUCAACCACACAAUCUCAGGUAAAUGGGUGGGACUGUAUGGUUGGUGAUUACAAGGCACAUAUCCUAAAGGAAUGUAUAGAAGCUUAGGGAAAAUCUUAGGCCAUGGACAGGCCUGGCACACGUUUGGUUGCUAGACAGUAAUAGAGAAAAAUGGGAUGUGGAUGUGUGAAUGCACUGAUUAAGCCCAACUGAGGCUGGCACACUCAGCCUUUAUGGAUUAAAACGGAUAUUAUGGGGCUGGAUCCUCCCACUGAGUAGCACCCUACUCCACAACUAGUCCCAUGCUCUGUGAGGUGCUGUUUGCUAGGGCUUGAGGAGAUGAGUCUGGCCCUAUAAGAACAGAAGUUCUCUGGUUGCCACUCUUCAGGUCAGGAUGUUCAUAGCAGCUCAGAGGACAGCAUGGAAGAUGGCUAGCUCCGUCCCCUGCACAGCACCGAAAUGUCAGUUGGGUUAGGGUUACCUGUCCUCACAGGGGGAGGCAGUGUUUGGAAGAAGUAGGGAACCUAGUACUGUUUAAAUGCUGCUAAAAUUUUGAUAAAUGUUCUUGGUACUCCAUUGUGACUUUUUCCAUUGGUCAUUCAUACUAAAUUUGUAAUAAAAAGAUAAAUAGCCCCUA